UAAAAGAUGGACAACUUGCUCAUUUUAGUCAAUCUGAAAACUUCUUUCAAACUCAAAGCUGCCAACACGACUGAAGAAAAACAAGGAUUUCAAGCUCGAAUAUGGAUGCAAAGAACAAGAUUCUCGCCAUUGUGGUAGCUGUAUGUCUGUCAAGUCUUGUAGCCGAUGCAGGAAGAUGUUCAGCAGAUAAACGUCUUUCUCCCAACAAGAAACUCAAGCAUCUUCGUCGACAUUAUUAUUUUGUUGAAAAAGUAGAGGUGGCUCAUCUUCGUCAAAUCUUGAAGAUCCCUCGUCGCACUAGACGUCAAGUCACUGUCGUAGACAACAAUAGAGUGGGUACCAGUCUUUGUCCGUGGCGAUGGAUCGAAGAUGARGAUUCCAACAGGUCACCAAGGACGUUCAUCAAGGCAGCAUGCAGUGAGUGUAAGCAUUACUGUCGAGCUGUGUACUUUACCCAUCGUGCAUUGGUGAAAAGAUGUGAUCAAACCACUGGGCGUGUGUGGAAAUGGAUCGAUGUAUUGUUACCUGUAGCUUAUGUCUAUGAUCCAUAG